AUGGUGGGGCUCUCCGAGGGGGAGAAGCACUUCAUCCGCGGCGGCAUCGCGCAGGACCUCCGGGCCGACGGCCGCACGCGGCUGCAGUUCCGGGCCCUCACCGUCGAGACAGGAAUCAUCCCUCAGGCCAACGGCUCGGCGCGUGUUAGGAUGGGUGCGACCGAAGUUAUCGCCAGCGUCAAGGCUGAGUUGGGGAAACCAACCAUUCUUCAUCCCGACAAAGGAAAAGUUUCCAUUUAUGUUGAUUGUAGUCCAACUGCUGCGCCUAUGUUUGAGGGUAGAGGUUCGGAAGAAUUGUCUGCUGAGCUCUCUGUUGCGCUGCAAAGAUGUUUACUGGGUGGUAAAAGUGGGGCAGGGGCUGCAAUCGAUUUAUCGUCUCUGAUUGUUGUUGAGGGAAAAGCCUGCUGGGAUCUGUACAUUGAUGGACUUGUGGUCAGUUCUGAUGGUAAUUUGCUUGAUGCACUGGCAGCUGCGAUAAAGGUAGCUUUGAGUGAUACAGGUAUACCAAAAGUUAAUGUUUCUCUUAACAAUGAAACGGAUGGGGAGCCUGAGGUUGAUAUCAGUGAUGAAGAAUUUUUGCAAUUCGACACUUCUGGUGUGCCUGUCAUAAUUACAUUGACCAAGGUUGGUAAGCACUACAUUGUUGAUGCCACCUCGGAGGAGGAAUCGCAGAUGAGUUCUGCGGUUUCCGUUUCAGUCAACAGCCAUGGCCAGAUAUGUGGGUUAACCAAGAGGGGAGGCGCAGGGUUGGAUCCAAGCGUCAUUUUUGAUAUGAUAUCCGUGGCCAAGAAUCUCCUUAAUACCCCUGAAAAACGAUACAUGCCACCAGCCGUCGUUUUGAUUCCGGACGAAAGUUACGCUACGGCCGCAUCUGCUGAGGGUGUUGUAGAUGCAAUAGUUGUCAGCAGCGUGGAAGCAGAUCCGGGACGGCAGAUGGCGACAUCGGGGGAUAAGCCCCGUUGCGGUGGACGAGACGGUCAUAGGAGCGGUCCCGGCAAGGUGGACGACGGCACGAAUGAAGCGAGAGGAUGCGAUGCAAGGAUCUUGGUCCGGCGCCGUGGAUGA